GGCAACGCGAAACAACCCUGGCUUGCCAUUUUAUUUCGACGCGACGCGAGUGAAGAAAAACAAUUGAGUUUUUUAUUGUUAAAUCGUGAGAGAUCGGCGGCCAUUUGCCAAUUAAUUGCUGCGACAGGAGACCACGCGAAACGAGCGCCAUCAGAUGAGCAACGCGUGAACGAUGGCGCUGAACAAGAGGAACAGCUCGCACUCGGACGCAAUUUCGGGCGCGGAGGUGGACUACAAGUUUUCGUGUCGCUGCUGCCUGAAGACGGAUGUGGAGUACCUCAAACUGGACUCGGUGGCGGUGGCGCGCAGUCUGGAUCCGGCGGACACAUCGGACAAGAUCCCCCUGCUCCGGUGCCUGCUCUUCUGCGUGAGCGCCGAAAAUGCCCCCGAGCUGCCGCAGUACAUCUGCAUCGAGUGCAGCAAGAGCCUGCAGGUUGCCUACUACUUCCUUAAGAAUGCUUUGCGUGCCCAUGAGAUCUUGUGUCGCAAACUGUGUCCCAAGCGUGGCCAAAGGAGACUUAAUGGCUCUCUGGUCCAGGAGCCGGAGAAGAAACCCGGAAACCCAGCAGUCCCUCAAGAACUGGAGACGGAGAGACCCUUGAAAACCAUGCGGCACGAGUGCCAGGUGUGCGGGGUGGUGGUCUACAAUCGCCUGGAGCUCAAGCAGCACAUACGGCAACAUGCAGAGGGUCUUUCGUACAACUGCAAGCUGUGCAGCUUCACCACGCUAAAACAGCGCGUACUGCUGGAGCAUUAUGUCAACAUUCAUGGCCUGUCCACUGGCCAGGCGGAGGAGCAUGUCAAAAACAAGGACUUGCCAGCGCCCAGAGAUGAAGAACCCAAGGCGGUGUGCACGCUAGAAGACAUGGAGCUGCUAAUACCCACUGUUCUGACGCCAGAUGACUACGCACAGCCACAGCUGCAGCCGCAUAUCGAUUCCGAACAGCUGCGCGACAUUGAGCAGCAGCUGGCCGUCAGCAUGGGCGAAACGUUGCCGGGAGUAGACACUCUCACCUCCACCUUACCGCCCAUGGACACGCCCAAUGUGAGCAUAGGGACCGAGUACCUGGUCCUGCCCGAUGGCUCGCUGCAGCAGGUCAAUGGAAGCGGCGUGGUCAUAGAGUAUAUCGAUGACAGCAAGCCGAACAGCUCCUCCAAUGUCAAUAUCAGCCUACAAAAUCUUUUGGGUGUCAAUGAGCAGAGUGUACCGAUGGAUAUCGAUGUCAGCGAGCUGAUUGUGGAAGAUGUUAUGCCACAGCCAAGAGCCAGGCCAAAGCCAACGGCAGGCGGAUCGCCGGCCUACAAGCACAAGUGCAAAAUAUGUCCGAAAACAUUUUCCACUGUGACACGCCUCAAAUCUCACCAAUUGACACACAGCAAUUUGCCCAAGUUCUUCUGUGACCAGUGCGACUAUUACUCGCUGCGCAGCACCGAUCUCAUACAGCACUACAAGAUGGUCCACCAUCGGUCUGAUGAAAACGGCAGGAGUGACAAAGAGCCGGAUUCACGUGUCUUCUCGUGCGACAUGUGCCUCUUCGAGACGCGCAACGCCAGUCAGCUGCGAGCGCACUACACGGAUGGGCACAGGGUCCAUCCCACGGAGGUGCAGCUGCGUCCCAGUUGGUCCAGUGAGGCGGGAGCUAGCAUUCUCCAAGCUCCAGCUCCGAGUGGCGUUGCCCCCAAGCAGCUGCCUUCGGUCAGGAAACCAGAUCACAACGACAUCCCAAUUGGCAUUAAAUAUCCGCCAGUUGUUGUGGAACAGCAGGUACCAAUGCAGCAACCAGUGCCAAUGGCCACUACAUCCACGACCAUCACGGAAACGGGCGACAUCAACGUGUUGGUGGAUGCCACGCCGCUUUUCUAUGCGGCAACCGCCAGUACCACAGCUGUAGCGACGAACCCGCUGCCUAUCCCAAUGACUCCUGUGGUGGAAUCAACCGGAGAAGCCAACAGCAAUGCAUUUGAAAUCUUUCCCGAAAUCUCAGACGGCACUCUGCCCGUGAACGAAGCCGUUCAGCAAGCUGUUCAGCAAGUGGCAGUCAAUACAUCCAACAUUUCGAUAUUUGGCGACAUGCAGGAUUUCAUUGACAACACCGAUGUGGCUGCCAUCUGCACAAUACCCGCGGACGAUAUGCCCGUGGUAGAUGGCGAUGACAUUGUGAUUGAUAAUAACAAUAUCAGUCUGGACUUUGAUGCCGAGAACUUGUUCGAGGACUUCGACGAGGAGGAGGAUGCGGUGGGCGAAGAGGAGGAGGAGGAGGAGGCGGACAACGAUGACGAGAAUGACAACAACGAUGCUGCCACAGAUCAGAAUCUGCUCCUAACCAGUGACGAUGACGAUGUCGACGACUUUGACGACGAGCAAUCGAAGCAUUUGCAGAAGCCCUACUGCAUAUACUGCAACAAGAAGUUUACCAGCCAGUAUAAGUUCGAGAACCACAUGUUUAUCCAUCGGGGUUUGGCCCCCUACCGCUGCGAGCUGUGUACCAAUCUGUACAACAUGAAGCGCCUGCUGAUCAGGCACUACAAAACUGUGCACAAGCGAAUGCCCACAAGGGACAUGGUCCAGGCCAAGGGCGAUAAGGUUUCAGUAGCCCGCACUAACAUCGAGAAACUAUAUCUUGGCAAGAUGAAGAAACAAAUGCUCAUGUGCGCUAAAUGUCCAUUCGAGUGCGACUCAGAUGCGGAUAUGCGGCAGCAUCUAAAUGCCCACCACGGCAUUAAUGAUGGUGUUUCCAUACAUGCCAACGAGGUGUUUAUUAUUCGCAAAUUGCCCUUUGAAUGCCCGCGCUGCAUUCGAUCUUUCGCGGCCAAAAGCACCCUCAGCCGCCACCUGCAGCGCAGCCACUUGGUGGACACUAUUAUAGAGAUGCAAACGCCACAAUCGGUGGAAAGCACCACUGUAACAUUGACCACAUCGUCGUCCACAAGUUGUGGACCAGAGAAUCCGGUCUUUGAGGAAAACAAACAGAUUGAGAUGAUGCAGACGGAAGGUGGGGCUGAGAUGAUGACGGCGGCGGCAUCAGGCAAUGGCGGUGGCAAUGAAGUAGCUGGCAAAGAUGAUGGAUCGGGAAUAAAAAUGGAAGCGGCAGUGCCAGAGGAAGAACUAGAUCCAGUGACAUUGGACGCAGCCACAGCAGUGACGACAACGGCAAUAGCAGCAGCAAUAACAGCGGCAGCAGCAGCGGCAGCUACAUCCUCCGAAUCGCCCAUCACAACGACAGCCUCAUCGUCGACCAACCUCUUUCCCACGCCCACACCGUUUGAUUACGACUAUGACUUCAUGGGAGAUGCAGCCCAACGAUCCACGCCCAAUUCCCAUGCCAUGCCCAAAGCCACCACGAAUGCCCCACCAAGCAGUCAUCUCAACGGAAGCGACAAACUAUUGACCACCGCCGCCCUGGCUGCAUCGCCAGUGAAGGGUUUACGCUCCAACUCCCGUCUGCACCGAACUUCCACUUACGCAUGCAAGCUAUGCAACAAAACUUUUGACGAAUUGGGCAAGUUGGUUAAGCACGAGAUGGAGCUGCACUCCAACACGCAGCCUUCGCGGUGGGGCUACCAACACAAGUGUGCAAUCUGCAAUACGGCAUACCGAACGCUCACUCUGCUCAAGUUCCAUAUGAAGCGGCACGGCGCCCGGAAAUCACAGUGCAAGCUCUGCCCCAAAACCUUUGUGACCAACGCUGAGCUGGAGCGGCACACGAAAACAAAGCAUGCAAAGGAGAAGACGCUGCGGUGCACGUAUGAUGGAUGCCGGAAGACGUUCGGGUUCAAGCAUCAUUUGGUGCGCCAUCAGAACGCAAUCCACUUGGACGCGCGGUAUACAUGCACCGUCUGCAACAAGGAGAUGCAAUCCAGUAUGCAUUUGAGGAAUCACAUGAGCGUGCACAAGGGCAUGGCGACCUACAAGUGUCCCAAGUGCGAACGCUCCUACUUACGGCGUGGAAGACUCACAAGCCAUGUUCUCUUGAUUCACAAUAUCCGGUUGACCAAAGAAGAAUUAGCUGACAUCUCUGCACAGUCUACGGACCCUAACAACUCUAAAGAUUUGAAUGAAACGACUUCCAGUUGCAAUAAGGAUGUGGAUGGCGAAGAGGAAAUCAAGGAGGAGACCGCAGCUGCAUGCAAUAAUUCCAAGUAGUCCCAACUCAUGCUCUUACCAAUCAAGCAACGUAGCCGCACAUUGUACAAAGUUUGAUAUAGACUAAGUUCUGUUCCUCUCCAUCGUUUUAGCACAUCUAAUGUCUUAAAGUUUACAUUUUAAGUUGUAGACUAAUCACAUUAAAUUUAAUCUCUCACAUAACAUAA